GGAGGACCGAAAGUGCUACCAAGAGCGAUCUAGUUUGCUUGAGAGGUACAGACCCGUGUUAAGACAGGUUUCAACUUUUCUGCAAGUUCAACAUGAUGUUCGGAUAUGUGGUAAUGUUUAUCCUAUCAGUCUCCAUUCUCCUCCCCGUCGCGAAAUCACAGACUACCCAGCCAUCGAUGGCUCUUGCACAGUGCCUUAAGUGCCAACCGCAGACCCCUUACGCACUCAUGAAACUCCUCAUUACGCAGAACUACAUGUUCGUGAAGCCACCUUCAAAUGCGCGUUCUACCCAGCCAAUGCCGCUGCCCAGGAUGUCCGGCGGCUUUGGCCGGCGGGAUAGUUAUCAAUGUCCUUUUAGAUGGGCGACGGAUUUAGACUCUAACCGGAAGCCCUUUUUGCUGGUGAAAGCCGUGCUGACAUGCGACAAGGCACGUGAUCCUACAUGCGCCCGUUGCCAAGCAAUCAACUAUGCUCACCAGGUCCUCACUUACAAAUGUGGCGCGAGCAGAGUUUGGGACUGGAGCUCAGUUCAGCUUCCUGUUGCCUACAUGUUGGGAUGAAAUAAGGAAGACCAAGAGACGGCAUGUGAAUACUUUCGGGAUAUAUAAAAUAAAGACACUAACCUUAAACAUACGUUAAGUUUUUUUUUCUGUCCUUUUUUUUUUAGCUUUGUUUGUAGUUUUUGUAAUGGUUGUAAAAAUUCAUCCAAAAAUAAACACAUUAAUGGGAUCUUAA